AUGAGAUUUCUCUCAUCCCUCCCCCUUCUCCUCACUCUUCUCGGAGUAGACUCCGCGACUUAUUUUACUGCCACCGGCACCCUUUCCUGUGACAUGCACCAACCCUGGUGCUACUAUAUAUCGAUGGUGGAAAAGGAUACCAUCGGUAUAUUCGACGACAAAAUAGACUCUAGUGGAGUUCACUGUGUUUCAAGGAAAGACGCGGAAUAUAAACUGGCUGGCUGGCAGCUAAGCGACGGCGACGUUAUCGAAAACAGAUACUACGAGAUAGAGUUAAAUCUAACUCACAACUGUUCUUGCACCCAAAACGAGAAGAGGAAGAUUGUGAGACCGGUCGUAUCGGAAUCUGUUUAUCAAUUCCGGAUUCACUACGACUGGAGCCUCAACGUGACCCAAGAUGGCGAUGUUGUGUCGGAAUACUGGUAA